AAGGGACCCAGCUCUUGAAAAAAACCAAAGGUCGGGCAUUAAAAAAAAAUUUGGGACACCAAAAGGCAAAAUACGAUCGAGGACCAUGAAGACUAAUCAGAAGGAGACCAAAGGCUUGCGGCGGCCCCGUACAGGAGGAGAAACGGCGAGUGUUCCCGGAGCAGUACCCUCCCGAAAUGAUGCUCCCAAUGAUGCUCCCAGUCCACAGGGGAAACAGCCAAAAGGAUUAAGGCGUCCUCAACAGCCAACUCAUGCAGCCAACGUGGCUCGAAUGACGCCGCUGGUCAAGGGAGGGCUUCGUCGCAAUGGUAAAAAUCAACGAGCAGGUGCUGAGGCAAUUCCUGCGCAAGACAUUGAAGAAGGCAAGGAGGAAGAAGAUAUUAUGAUUCCCUCGCAAGAAGAGAAUAUAGAUAUUGCGAUUCCCUCAGCAGAAGACAAAGAACGCCGAGAGAACAGUGAAGACCACCUGCCCGAUGCCCAAGUGCAAGAACCAGAGAAUGCCAGUACUGGUACAGACGACAACAGACAAGAUAAUGGAAGUCCUCACUUGGCCGUCGCCUAUGUGGUGGAAGAGAGUGAUCAUAGUGGAGGAGAUAAAGGUGAGCUGGGUGAGAUUGUUGUGGCUGCGCCCAUUAAGAAAUCCUAUUUUUGGCGGGGAUUGGCCAUUUUGGGUCUCCUGCUGGUGAUAUUGGCUAUUGUCCUUGGAGUUGUCCUUGGUCCAAGAAGCCAGAAUCCUAAUCCGGAUGGACUGGGGAGUGCAAUAACAAUUACUGCAACCCCCACAGUAUCUGCGAACCCAUCACCGAUACCCUCUAUGGUACCCUUUACCACCUGUCGCAUCAGCAUGGCCGUGUCAGAUCUCAAUCGAGAUAACCGAUUGUCGCAAACGGAAUACGUUAUCUUUCUCAAUCGACUAUCGGGAAACCGACUCGGCUUUACCACCUUUGCCGCUUUGCCAGCCGCUCUACAAACGGUAUACACGCGUCUCACCGAUGGGACCACCGAAAUACCCAUUGAUGGAGCGAGUCCAGCUAGUUUCGCGUCCGCUACCAGUGUCCAAAAGGCACAUUUGGAAACCAUUUGUCAAGAAGUACAAGUCGCCAUGGCGGGGGAGGAAGGAGAAACGAUAUCUCCCGCCGAAACAACGGCUCCAGGAGUCACUACUCCUUCGUUGGGUCCCUCUGUUUCUCCGGUGCCAUCAUCAGAACCAUCCUUUUUUCCCACAAAUUUUCCCACUGCAGAAAUCUGUGAUUUAACUUUCAACCUAACUUGCGUGGAGGAAGCAUCUCAGCGCCCAUGUGAGACCAUCCGAGCUAGUACACAAGUCACGGAAUGUUUGAGUGAUCCAUUGGAGAUCAUGCUCUUCUAUUCGAAAAACCGCGACUGUGACUUUGUGUUUACGAAUUCAUCCUCACAGCGCGUGUCAUGUCGUGACUUUAAUGGAGGACCACCAGCAGGCAAUGGCGAGAGCCAACUGCUCAUCGUCACGUCAGUCAGCAACUCUAGUGUGGUUUACUUUGAAGGAGAGGUUGUGGACUUCUCCACUGUCGUGUUGAGAAAUCGGCUCGAGCCUAUCCAAGACUCCAUGAACAUUUCACUGUAUUCUAUCGAGUCCGACGGCAACAACAUCACCAGCAAUACACUGCUACAAGAAUCAAUCGUCGAAUUUUCAUGCCCGACAACACACCUACAAGACUCCUUUGGGGUUACAAUAUUUGUUGGAAUGGCCAGUAUCGAGCAAGGAGAUUCCAGGAUAUUUGAUUCCCAAAACCAGAUCUAUUCCUUUGUAUUCUCACUUCAGGUUACAAAUGUGGGUGUUGUACCGGCGGUCAUUGACAAUGUGACACAGGUUGCGGGUACCGAGUAUAAAAGCUUCGACAUCCAGGAUGGAGGUGUCCUCAAUCCACAAAACUCCUUCACCUUUCCGACAAAUAGCGUCGUUGAUUUAUCCGAUGAAGUGGAAUUUGGUGUCUUGAGCUCUCUAACCGGGGUGACCCAGGGAGGCAAAAAUUGUUCUUACAAUGAACUUGUCUCCCUUACUUUUGGUCGAAAUCUGGGCCCGCAAGCACCCACAAAUGCCACGGGGUUGGAAUCAACAGACAGUCAGCCCUUCGACACGACAAAUUUGGAUCCAAAUGCAACUUGUGAGGUACUGGCGUCUAUUGAAUGUGUCGGGCGUACCGUGCAUGGAGUCGAAGAUUGCGACAGACUUCUGGAAUGCCCCCACCCCUUCCCUUCCGCAAUCGACCUGACAUUCACCGGUGAAAGCUGCAACAAUGAAAAUUGCACACAAAAUUUUGGUGGUAUACGAGAAGGCAUUACCGAGGUCUUUCUUCUUAUCCGAGUGCAAGGAACCGUUUUGGUGGAGCAAAACAUUGUUGAAGGUGAAACUGUGAGGCUCGCCUCAGAUUUUGGACUUGGACCCGUCAUCGACAUCGUCAUUCGAGACACGGCACAAACCAUUCUUCUUCAGCAGCAGAAUUUGUGGACAUGCCCGUUGAACUCCGCCUUUAGCGAAAACAGCCAGUUCGGAGCAUUCGACAUUAGCGCCAUUGGUCCUCCGCGCUCGCAAAGGCCCCUUGCCAAUAUUGCCCUGCAGCUAACAAUUGAGACCUCGAACACAACAAACGCGAACUUGGCAGUUGGAACAACCGUGGCUUUGGUGGGUGAAGACACUGAGCAGAAACUGCUGGACCCAUUCUCCCUUCGGAUGGAAGCUAGCGAUGCCCGUGUUGUCGAGCUGGCAGUCGACAGAUUGGAUGAAUGGAUUGAGAAGCAUGGACGUGGCGUUGGGUCCCAGUGGGCAGCUGUCCUAUCAGGUGAAGCAGCAAAUGGAAAACCAUGCGAGGCAACUGCAUUCUACUCUAUGUAAAACUAGUAACAGAAUUGAAAGUACUCU